GGUGUCCAGCUCACGCUCAUGCAGCUUCUUAGAUGGAGCCUGCAGUCAUUGAUGCACGGGAGAGGAGGUACUGAAAUGCCAUGCGCUGCCUUCUACCAAAGAAGAAGAAACACAAAUUCUAAACUGUUGCCUACAACGUUUUCUAAGACCAUUUGUGAUCGAAAGAGAUGCCUAAAGUACGUCGUAGUCGGAAACCCCCGCCUGAAGGAUGGGAAUUGAUUGAACCAACGCUUGACGAACUGGAUCAGAAAAUGCGCGAAGCUGAGACAGAACCUCAUGAAGGAAAACGAAAAACGGAGUCCAUGUGGCCAAUAUUUAGAAUCCAUCACCAGAAGUCACGUUAUGUUUAUGAACUGUUCUACAGAAGGAAAGCAAUUAGUAGAGAGUUAUAUGAAUACUGUCUAAAAGAAGGAUAUGCUGACAAAAACCUGAUUGCAAAGUGGAAGAAGCAAGGUUAUGAAAACCUUUGCUGCCUUAGAUGUAUUCAAUGUAGAGAUACAAAUUUUGGUACAAACUGUAUCUGUCGUGUACCCAAAGCUAAACUGGAAGAGGGCAAGAUUGUGGAGUGUGUUAUAUGUGGAUGUCGUGGUUGUUCUGGUUGAUGCCAUGAGAGCAAGGCAGCAAUUUGGAUAUGUACAUUAUGAGAAGAUUUUGCAUGGAAGCUAUCAAAACUAUCAACACUUUCCUUUGGUUUAUUCCUGGAUCCCUGAACUGUAUAGAAUUACCUUCCGGAAGAUUUUUUAAUCUGUGCAUGGGAGGUUAAGAAACCAACGGAAAUGAAUGAAAUCAUGGGCCCAGCUGGUUUAUUUGUUUAUUUUAUUGCUUAUUAAUUUUGUGCUCAGCUGAUGCCAUAAUUCGGUUUCCUUUGGUUGAAAAAAAAUCUCAUCUAGCAUACAAAGGAUAUUGGUGUACAUAAACAAAUCCUGUGCCAAUCCCCUAUAAAGGUUAGAUUUGUUUGAGCAGAAGGGUCAGAUUUUCUUGUCUGUAUUCGUAAUAAAAGUUUUUGGUAACAAGCUG